GUGAGCGCUCUCUAUGUGUGUCUCAUUGAGGCCUAUAGUGAGUGGCAUUGAGUGUUGUUUGUGGUGUGUGUGGAGUGAAUGCAUUGAAUGUAUUGAAUGUAUGUAUAGUUUGAAUGUAUGGUUGAAUUAGUUGUGUGUAUAGUGUGUGACAUAUGCUAUGUAUAUGUCGUACGUGUUAUGCAUUUGUUGUUGAUUUCCACGAAUUACAUGUCAUUGUAUUGACGCUCAUUGUGUCCGCACUGUUAGUCACCGUAAAGACUGACCAAACACUAGACAUACAUACAAACCAAUCACAGACCCGACACUGUGGCCAAUGCUCUAGACAUCUGUUGUGCCGUCAGUGCAAUCCUGUCCAUCACUUGUUGUGGUCUUAAGCAAAAUGGAGGCCGAGUUUGACGACUACGACAAACACAACAAAUGGCAUCAUAUCUAUCAGAAAAUACAUGAAGAGUCACUCGACGACCGAUUGUUGAACAAAGAGAGCCGAAAAUCGGAGAACAAGUCAUUGAAUCGAUAUAAAGACGUUACUCCUUACGAUUGGAGUCGCAUUGUCUUAAAACGAAGUGAUAAUAACUACAUUAAUGCCAGUCUUAUAAAAGUAGAGUCCGCGCAAAGACAGUAUAUACUAACACAGGGUCCGUUGGCUCAAACGAGUGGCCAUUUUUGGCUAAUGAUAUGGGAACAGAACUCGUCGGCGGUUUUAAUGUUGAACCGAUUGGUCGAAAGAGGUCAGAUUAAGUGCCAUAAAUACUGGCCAAACGGUAAAGAAGAUGACGAUUGCGAUGAGCUUACAUUUACUGACGUCAACCUCAAAGUGGCGUUCAUUGAAGAGACAAAGUCUCGCAAUUAUAUAAUAAGAAAAUUUUUAUUGACUGAUCUGGAGAGUCAACAGUCUCGUGAAAUAUUUCACUUUCACUACACGUCUUGGCCCGACUUUGGUCUUCCAGAAAGUCCGGCGUCUUUUCUCGAAUAUUUAUAUGCCGUUCGCGGAUCAGGAGCUUUAGAUUUAAAAGAUUACGGACCGCCUGUUAUACACUGUAGUGCUGGUAUCGGUCGCUCGGGAACAUUAUGUCUUGUCGACUCAUGUCUUGUUAUGAUCGAAAAGUACGGUCGAACUGAUUCGGUUAAUCUAAUAGACAUACUAUUAGAUAUGAGAAAAUACCGAAAGGGCUUAAUCCAGACUCCGGAACAGUUGAGGUUCUCAUAUUUAGCCAUAAUUGAGGGCUCAAAACAGUAUUGUCUAAAUCAAGCCAACGACUCUUCAGUGCCUUUUAGUGCUAAUAAUAAUUCAUAUAUAAGUAAAGCGAUAUCACCAAAGAUACAUCGAUCAUUCGGCUUUACCGAAGACCAUAAUCCCGAUGAGUUCCCAUUUGAUGACUUAGGCGUCAAUCACUAUAAAUUGGAUAAAACCGGAGACAUUAGUGACAUGUGUUCGCAACCAUUGCCACCUUUGCCACCACGUCUUCGUCGAUCUGUAAGCACUACAUCACAACAAUCUGGUUCGACAUCACCAGAACCGGACUCAAAGAGAAGCAAAUGCGAUACAUUCUCAUCCGUCCCUAAAGAUAUGAUCUCAAGUGAAGACUCAGCCAAUCAUUCAGAGCUAAUGAACAACAAUAUAAAUAAUUCAAACAACAGUUGUCAACAACAAGAGCUACGACAACGAGUGCGCGAUGAGAAGCGCCGCAAAACUACGGAGACUAUUGACAGAAUUAAACGCAAACAAAGGGAAUCGGAAGACAGGUCUCGUCUUAAAAACCUUUAUCUUAAAUAUAGUUUGAUUUCAAUGGGUUUUGUUAUGUUGUUUGGAACCGGAGUUUACAUAUAUAGCUCUUUAAUGAAGGGAGAGAUUACACUCAAUUCUGAUACCAUUACGCCAAAUGUUGACGAAUUGUAAAUUAUAUAAUACUAUAUAAUUAUAAUUAAUUAUUAUUAUAUUAUCAAACG